GGGCGAGCACUCCAUCAGCUGGUGCGUCUGGGCUGGGACAGUGAAAAUGUUUAGUGUCAUCGGCAACAAAUACACGCACAGGGGACCCCAAUAGGCAGGCUGGUGUGUCCGGGGGCAGGAAGCCAGGAGUGAAGUCGGAUAUAAGUGUGUGCGCGCACACAAGCACAUGUGUGGACUUUAAAAAGAGACUUUAGUUUUGGUUUUUGUUUUGGUUCUUACGGUGAACUUUCUGUUGAACAUUUUUUCCUUCUAUUUAAUUUUCUUUUUUUUUUUUUUUUUUUGCAUUUUAAAAAAUUUGAAUAUAAAAAGUGUAAGAAUCAAACCUUUGAAAGACUGAGGCUUGCUGCGGACAGCAGAUGGAUCCCGUGGCCAGCAGCUGCAUGAGGAGCCCCCACCCCCCGGCCCCUGUCUGGGGCUGCCUUCGAAAUCCCCACUCGGAAGGCAGUGGGGCCUCAGGGCUACCCCACUACCCGCCAACCCCCUUCUCCUUCCACCAGAAACCAGACUUCCCGGCGACAGCGACAGCAGCGUACCCUGACUUCUCGGCCUCCUGCCUGGCCGCCACCCCGCACAGCCUGCCCCAGGAGGAGCGGGUCUUCACUGAGCAGCACCCCGCCUUCCCACAGCCCCCCGACUGGCACUUCCCUGUCUCGGAGGCCCGGCGCAGGCUUAACCCUGGCCCAACUGGGGGCUCCAGGGAGAUGGGGGCCAGCAGCCCAGGCCUGGUGGAUGCCACGGGAGGCCCAGGAGAGGACUAUGAGGUCCUUGGGAGCACUACCAAUGAGACGGACAAGAAGUCAACCAGGCGGAAAAAGGAGAGUUCAGACAACCAGGAGAACCGAGGAAAACUGGAGGGUGGCAGCAAGGCCCGAAAGGAGAGGACAGCAUUCACCAAGGAGCAGCUGCGGGAGCUCGAGGCAGAGUUUGCUCACCAUAACUACCUGACCCGGCUCCGGAGAUACGAGAUCGCUGUAAACCUGGAUCUCUCCGAGAGGCAGGUCAAAGUGUGGUUCCAGAACCGAAGGAUGAAGUGGAAGCGCGUGAAGGGGGGUCAGCCCAUCUCACCUCAUGGGCAGGACCCCGAGGAUGGGGACUCUGCAGCCUCUCCAAGUUCAGAGUGAGAUUCUCCAUGGACUGGAGAAUCCGAAAGACUGAUGACUGAGCCCCGACCCAGCUACCCCGCCCUAGUCCCACUUUCAGCUCUCCCACCCACCCCAGGGCAGCCUCUACACAUCUGGCAGUGACUCUUGGAUAUGAAGGUGCCCAAUGUUCCUGGGAACCUUGACGUUUUCCAGGAAGUUCCCUCCAGCAUUGCUCUGUCUUAGCAGCUCCUUCCCCAGGGCCUUUGCUUCCCGCAUUUCUUGUGGAAUCACACAGCGGCCAGGUGGGACCCAAGUGAAUCCGGGGAACAACUCCAGGGACACUGCUUCUCAGGGUCUCUUGGCUGCUGCCUACACUUUCCCCUACCACCCUCCUCCUACACAGGCCAGGCCUCCUCCAGGUCUGAACACCAGGGGGCCAGCUGGGAGAGGAGCCUUGGGAACAGCUGGUGACUCAUGGAAGCUAAUGCUGCACAGGAAAGGAAAUGACUGAGACACCCGCCCCCCUCCCCCCAGACCACCAUUCCUUUCUGGGCUCUAUAUCUGAGGCUUUGGGGGUUCUGAGUUGUCCCAAAACCCCAGGGAAAAUCAGUGUGAAGAGGGUUGAGGACAGAAACGCAGCUGCUGCAAAUCAGAAACCAUCCCUGUCUCCCAAUUUGUUGGCUGUUAGGUGGGCAAGUGUAUUAGCACUGGCUGGAAGAAGACAGUCAGAAAAUCAGCCUGGCAUAGGUCUCUGCGGUCCUGCACAGGCCCACUCACACUGGCUUAACUUGAGGGGGAGGGGUGGGAUGAGAAUGGACCCAGGACACCACUUGCUUUUUCAAAAUUAAUUCAGAAAUACAGCUGGGACUGUUGAGCAGCGUCCAGAACAAUGGAGCAGGUAUUCCUUUUAAAUCCACAAUUUCUGGAUUGAAAAACUGUCCAGAUGCUCACAUUAGUGAGUUGAGGGCUAGAAAGUGUCCCCUAUGUUCUAGGGCUGCUGGGUGAGGGCCUAGAAAUGUUGAGCCCUGGAGAGCAAGGUUCUCCAGCUACAGUGUCCUGUGCUUUCAAAAGACUCCAACUGCAAAUGGGGCCCAAAAAAUAGUCCCUCUUUCUCCACGGGAUGCAUUUAAGCCCCUCCGAUGUGUUCCACAAAUGCUGUUAUUACGGGAGGAGCUGCUAAGUUUAUAUGUGUGGACUGCCCACAUCCUCUGGGGUGACACUCCAUGACUGCUGGUCAAACAGCCUGGGGCAACAAGCCUUGGAGAGAGACCCCUGCCUGCCCCAGUGCUCCGUCUCCCAUAUCAGCUGCUGUCGCAGAGGGAGGUCAGCAAGAGUUUGGACCUCUUGUAUGUAUACUUAAUCAUUCACGUGUAAAAAGAACCCCACCUCCCUAUCCCAAAAGGACGACUGUUGUGGAAAAUGAUUGCCAAUGAGAUGGCUGGUUAGAGCAUGCGUACUUUUUUUCUAAGUCAUACUUCAUAUAUUUUCUUAAGAUUACAUCAAGUUAACUGUGCAAGUUCAAUUCACUUUGUAAGAAAACUCUUGGAAAAAUAAAAUCAAUAAAAAAGCAAA